UACUCUUUGUGGCUGCUGAAAUGGCACAGGGUGUCAGGUGUUGUUCUACUGAGGCCUCUCUCUGAGGUUCUCUAAUGCCAGCAGCAGCAAGGAAGGAGCAGAGCUGUUUAGUGGCUUAAGAAGGGGAUGUACAGUCUAACAUGGGCUAACUGGAGGAAAUUAAGAAAAAGAAAAUUUGGGCUGCCUAUCCUAAUAGUGAAAUCUGUUGUAUUGAUAAUAGAUAUGUAGCUCCUUUCAUCUGAGCUUCGUUAAGGCCAGUUCCCACUGGUGUCGUUCAGUGUAGAGUAGUUCCAUCAACUUCGUUGGAGUUACGCAAACUUUCAACAGUAAUGGAUCUCGUCCCUAGAACUUCACAACACCCCAGUGAGGAUGUCCAUGAGGAACCCUGUUUCUCCCCACCUGGAACUUGAUGGAGCCGGGAGCAUGGUGAACUGCACCAUCAAGACAGAAGAGAAGACAGACAGCUGCCAUGAGUCCCUCCAGGGAGCACCCACUGGCUCCGAUCCUCACUCCAGCGAUUUGCAUGGAGUGCCGCUGUCUCUGAGAGAGAGUGCUGAUCCCCGGACUCUUCCACAGGAAUCCCGGUCUCCUGUGAGCAAUGCUAUAGAUUCCAGGAGGUCUGCGUUUGAGCCUGCUGUCAGCAGCCAGGAAAAGUUAGAUUUCAACAGAAACUUGAAAGAGGUUAUGCCAACCAUUGAGAAGUUACUCUCCAGUGACUGGAAAGAAAGACUUCUGGGUAGAAACACCAUGGAAUCCAAAGAGGUGAAAGGAACCCAGGAGAGCUUAGCGGAGAAGGAGCUUCAGUUGCUUGUCAUGAUCAACCAGCUCUCCACCUUGCGGGACCAGCUUCUGACGGCCCAUUCGGAGCAGAAGAACAUGGCGGCCAUGCUGUUUGAGAAGCAGCAGCAGCAGAUGGAGCUGGCUCGGCAGCAGCAGGAGCAGAUUACCAAGCAGCAGCAGCAGCUCAUUCAGCAGCAGCACAAGAUUAACCUGCUGCAGCAACAGAUCCAGCAGGUCAAUAUGCCCUAUGUCAUGAUUCCAGCCUUUCCUCCCAGCCACCAGCCUCUUCCUGUGACCCCAGACUCCCAGCUAGCACUUCCCAUCCAGCCCAUCCCUUGCAAACCAGUGGAGUACCCCAUGCAGCUGCUGCACAGCCCUCCCCCUCCGACGCUGAAGAGACCCACCGGCUCAGGCCACCUCCAGAUGCAGGAGUCUUCACAGCCACUGAACCUAACGGCCAAGCCCAAAAGCUCUGAGCUUUCCAGUGCCUCCAGCUCACCCAACCUGAAGAUGAGCAGCUGCCGAUCCCUCACUCCUAACCACGGGGUCACGAGAGACCUUCAGUCCAGCCCUCCCAGUCUGCCUCUAGGAUUUCUGGGAGAGGGGGAUGCCAUCACUAAAGCGCUCCAGGAUGCACGGCAGCUCCUGCACUGCCACAGCGGGGCAGCGGAGAGCUCUCUCAAUAAUCCCUACCGGAAGGACCAAAUGGGCUUGGAUUCGUCGCCCACGAAGGAGCGGAUGGAGGAAACGUGCAUGCACAGACUGGACGAGUCCAUGUUAACCUGCGAUAUGGAUGGAUCACGACACUUCCCCGAGUCCAGGAAUAACAACCACAUAAAGCGGCCCAUGAAUGCUUUCAUGGUGUGGGCCAAGGACGAGAGGCGGAAGAUUUUGCAGGCCUUCCCGGAUAUGCACAACUCCAGUAUCAGCAAGAUCUUGGGGUCCCGGUGGAAAUCGAUGACGAACCAAGAGAAGCAGCCAUAUUAUGAGGAGCAGGCGCGGCUGAGCCGGCAGCACCUGGAGAAGUAUCCUGACUACAAAUACAAGCCGCGGCCAAAGCGCACCUGCAUUGUGGAGGGGAAGCGGCUGCGCGUGGGCGAGUACAAGGCACUGAUGAGGAACAGACGGCAAGACACCAGGCAGGGCUACUUGAUAGCGCCCCAGAGCAGUCAGAUGCAAGCCUCUUCAUCGGAUGUCCUGUACCAGAGGCCGAUGGGCAUGCAGCUGGCUCCGCCACUGGUGGAGCACUAUCUGCCCCGCAGCAUGGACCCCAACAUGCCCGUCAUCGUCAACACACGCAGCCUCAAGUCGCAAGAGGGUGACGGUGGGGAGGAUGGGCACUCAGUGGCGGAUGGCGAGAUGUACCGGUACAGCGAGGACGAGGACUCCGAGGGCGAGGACAAGAGCGAUGGGGAGCUGGUGGUGCUCACAGACUGAGCAGACUGUGGGGGCAGGGUGGGGCGCGCAUGUGUGAAGUGGGGAGCAGAAGCAGAUUUUGCAGCAUUCCCCCACGUGGGGCUGGAACUGAAGACCUGACUGAAUGGGGAGGAGGUGGGAAUGGGGGCUUAGGGAGAACUGCCAUCACAGCAUGGCUCCCUGAUCUAUGACUAGACUCGGGGUCGCUGGCGAACCCCUCUGCGUGCAGAGCUCUUUGCAGCAGGGCCGCCCUGGUCUCCCCCCCCCCCCCCCCCGAAUGGCCUGGCAUGCAGGGCUGUGCUGGAUGGGUAUAGUGGUGUGCAGGGGACAAUGGGAAGUGUGCGUGCCAACGCACGAGGCAUGGGGGUAGCCCCUGGCUCAUUCGCAUGCCCAGAAGGAAGAGGUGCCAGCCCCACUGUGCAGUGCAUCUGCCCAAGCAGCAACGGAGAUGCUGCUUGGCAUGAGUGGGUCCUGGCCACCCAGCUGACACCUGGAUAUUUCCUUGUGGCACAGAAGUGGGAGGUGCCUGGCCCCUCAGCAUGGGGGCAGAGCAAUCUCAAGGCUGAGUGAAAGCCAGCUAAAGGAGAAGGGGAUGCAGAUCUAGGAUGGUGGAGCUGUGAACGUGGGGAGAGUGGGGAGCUACUGUUCAGCGGAUCCAGAAGCUGCCCCCUGUGGAAUCCAGCUUUCUCCCUCCAGAGGUUGCAGUGGCAUCGAUUACUGGCUCCCUCCCGUGCAGUCCUCUCACCAGCAUGAGUGACAGGAGGUUUAAAGACUGGCUUGCAGGAGAGGUGCUGCAUGGUUAGCUGGAUGUGGAGGAGCCCAACUCCCCUCGGCGGAGCCGUGUUGAGCACGGAGCUUUCCCCCACUCCCUCUUAUCCUUAGCCACCAAGGUCCCCCCGGAGUCCCCCACUUCGGUGGGGAUGGGCGCCACUCCUCCCGGCUCCCUGCUGGCUAGGGAACAAACCCGCUUCAUGGAAGCCCCCUCUCUAGGACUGCAGAUCCAGGCCCGCUUGGGGCAUGGAGCAGUUGGUGGAGGGUCCCAAGUGAGCUACAAACAGCCCAUAUGGGAAACGCCUGCCAAGACUUUCCUGCCGUUGAGCUAACAUGACGUGGGGAUGGGGAAAAAGGGUUGGAAAACAUAACCCACCCCAGUAUUACAAAUGUAUUUGCCUCUGGGCAGCCCCGGCUCUGCGGGGGUUAAAUAAGGAAAGACCCCAGUGGCUGGGCAGACCUUUGUCCCUUGUCUUUCCCCACCCCCCCAUCCUGGCCCUGUUGUGCAGCCAGCUGAGGAGAAUCCUCACCUGUUCGAGGUGCUGCCAACUGCAGGGGCUGCAGCAGCAGCAACACAGUCGCCACCAUUCAGCCAGGCUCUCUGGGGCCUUUUCAUUUCUCCGAAACAAAUGUCUGGGUGGAACACUUGUUCCUCAUUCAGUCCAUGUGCCAGCCUGUCCCGCCCCCGCUCCUUCGCUCGGGACUGUCUUUCUCUCAUGCUCCCCCUUGCUCGCUGAACCCUGCCAGUAAAUUCCCAUGGAGCCAUUUUUAGCUCUUGACUAGCAUGAGUAAGAGCCAAGGUCUCCGAGGAGCCUUUUAUCCCCCUGACAGCUCUGGCCCAGUUUGUAAAUAAAGCUGCUGCCUGUUCCCUUGCAGCGGCAUGGUGGGGCAUUCUGCUGCAGAGGGCUCAGCUCCCGGCAUGGGACAGGCACGGAGCCCCGGCCUGUCCUAGCGGCACUGCAUUGGCUACCGGUGCCUGUACCAGACGGGGACCCUUGGGUUGGGAUUCCCCUGCAGCUUUGCAAAUCCAUUUGAGCCAACAGACUUUGCCAGCCACUGUUGCAACCGAACGUGCCAGCUGUGCUCCCUUCACCACCCCAAGCAAAUCCUCCUGGGUGGAGUGUGCAUGGUACAGGCUACGCCUCAGGGCUGGAAACCAGGUCCUAGUGUGGGACCCUGGCUCUCCCUGGUGGCAGGAGCUGAAACAGCAUCCAGAACAAGCCAGCUGCCCCCAGGCAGGGAGCUAGUCCUGGCUUGCAGGAAGGAGAGGUCCAUUCUGACAGCUGGGAUCCUACUCACCUGCAGAUUCCUUUCCCUAGCAUGGCUCAGGCUGCAGUGGGAGUGAAGCCCCCCAGCAGCUCAGGUGGCUGCUAACAGCAAGAGCUGCUGGGCGUCCCCCUAGCCUGUGCUGGGGACGGCGGCGAGGGGAGGUGGUCCUCUGUGGGUGCUUAUGUUCUCCAUCCCCUCCCCGAUCUGGCCUUAGGGCUGCUGUGCAAAGACUUCCCCUCAGGUUGUCUAGAUCACGUUAUGGAGGGGGUUUUGCUCUGCGUACAAACCUCUGGACACUGGCGUCCCAGCUGGUGGCUGCUAGAGGAAUGCAGCCUGGGAGCUUGAUCGGGAACACGCGGCCGGUGGAGAAGAGCUGCCCCAGGUCAUUUUGGUGUAACUGGUUGCCUGUAUGGAGCGACCACUGACACAGGCAGGCCUGGGUUAAACAGGGUGAGUCCCUGAAUCUCCGGGGUAGGCAUGGCAGCAACUGGGUGACCUGACUUGUUGGCUCGAUUCUGCAUCUAGUUUAAGAACUGUGCGCCAGAGCCUCAGCUGGUCGAAAUCAGCAUUGCUGUCCUGAAGCCGAUGGACUUCUGCUGAGUUACACCAGCUGAGGAUCUGGUCCUCUUUCUUCUUCUUCUUUUCUCACCUGCUGCUGUCCAUAUUUCAACCGCUGUCACCUAUGCGCAGCACUCCCCUUGCGGCCUGGGGCGUGGGCCCCUUUUCUGGCUUGGUCUUGGUUCCUCGCAACCUCUAAUCUCAUGCGGUUUGUUUUGCUUGCUCCUGUGUCAGUGCAACAACUUCCAGGCUGGGGGCAUCCCCAGGCUGAGCGAGGUGUCUCCUUCCUAAAAGACUGCACAGGUCAGCAAUGCUGGGAGGAAGAGGGCUUCUCUAGAGCUCUGUCUAGUAAUGCUCUGUAUUGAUAUGGGGUCCCAGCACCCUGAGGUAGGCGCAGCACGGGUUGCUGCAUCAGAAAUUGGUGUGUGUGUAUGUGAGACAGAGUGAAUAGUGGUCCCCAGAUUAGGGGCAAAAAUGAACUGUUGGGAACUGAGGGAACGUGUGUGUGCGUGUAGGCUGAACCUCAGGAUACCCUCAAAGGCCCGGUGGCAUAUCUGCCCUACCCCCUAUAGCCCCUUCAGCCCCCACCCAGCCGGUGCUGGCCUUUCCAUGGCAGGGCUCCGCUCCUGUAAGGGUUCUUUUCUCUGUUAUUUAUUACCCCUGUCCCUCCUGUGGUGUCCUUGACAAGCCCCUGGGGUCUAGGUUAGUGGGGUUAGGGGGGAAGGGAUGGGAGGAAGGGGACUGUACAGGCAGGAGUGCGUUGGAAGUAGGAAUCACCCCCCGAUUUGUAAAUCUGCCCCGGGUGUGCCCAGGCGACCAGUUUUUUUAUGACUGUAAAUAUAGAUAGAGCUUUAUUUUGUUUAUAAGACACCGAGUAACUUAACCUGUAUAUUUCACAUACUUGUUUACAAGGGUGGGGUUUUGGUUUUUGUUUUCCCUCUCUUGGCACAAUAAAGAGGAUGUUUUGGAGCAGA